AUGUAUACCAAGACUGGAGCCCUCGUCCAGCCCCCAGCUCAGACCGCGUCUGGUGGCGAGGGAGACCCUGACCAACAUAAGAUAUAUGAUAAUCUCUGCGAUUUCACUUGUAGCCGAGGGUAUUUCCCAUCUGGAACAUGCAUGUCCAAGGAUGAUAUCGCAAUCUCGCAUAUCAAUCCGGAAUUUAUAUGGGGUGGCACUGGCAAAGCUGUGUGCGAUGCUGACCAAAGACCGAAAAUAUUAAGAGAGUUCCGAUUUGCAAUUUUGAUGGCAAAACUAGCACAGGAAAACGUACAACCGUGGGACUACUACGAGAUUUUCUUCUCGGAGGGCGUGCGGAAUAAAGAGAAUUUUGCCCAAACUGCAUCUGUUGUCUACGAGGCAGUUGUUUCGAUGCUACAAGGCUCCUCUAGUUUUGGUCUCCAGGUUACUUAUGACAACGGUGCAAAUCCAUGUAAAAAAGUAAAAAGCCCCGAUCUAACCUACACGAAUGCCGGCAAAAAGACAGUGAACAUCUGCGAAGGUUUCUUUCAAAUGGAAGAGACAUCCUUGAGAUAUAUUCAUCCCCCGAAAAGCAUCAAAGAUGCACACCGUACAAGAGCAGCCAUUCUUGUUCAUGAGAUGACACAUUCCAUGUUUGCAAUGAAACCGACAGCUCAAUCACAGGCCAGGGAUUACGCGUACGGGUGGGAGAGUUGCAAAGAGCUUGCUGCGGGUACUUUCAACCGAGGAUGCCAGGAGUACGCCGGUCUCAUGGGGAUGCUUUGUGCGAAUCCAACCGACCCUAAGAAGGAUGGGGUUUGUGAUGCCAAUUUUUCGGAACACAAUGUCGAUACGUGGGCCGUGGUCGCGGCUGGUACUUUCUUCAGUGAAGCGGCUGGCAAGGCCAUCCCACUAUACCCUCCCACGGCGGUGUUUACUAGAGCUGAUUCUGGGUGUAUACAACAUGACGACAUUAUGUUUGAUCAAGGAUGCGGAUUUUAG